AUGUUGUCGGAACAUGAUUCGAUGAUAAGAGAAGAACGGCACAUAUCCAAUUUUGUGAAAAACAUGAAAAGAAAUCGGUACCCACAUGUUGUACUUUUUAACGAAGGAGCUGUGGUCCUUCAAAUUACAAAAAAUGAUGCCAGAGACGAUAAUUACAUUCAUGCAACAAAAUUGAAAAGCAAAUUCGGUGAUUAUGUACUUGCUCAGAGUCCUAAACAUUCAACACUCAACUCUUGGUGGCGAAUGAUAUGGCAGCUAAAUACUGCUGUGAUUGUGUGCUUGAUACCCCUCACUUCGAAAGAUGAAUGCGCUAAGUAUUUUGAAAAAAAGGAAGGGAAAAAAUUAAAACAGAAAUAUUUUAUCAUUAAAACACUCGCUUCACGUGAUGAAGAUGUAAUGACAACGUUUGAUUUGAAAGUUACCAAUAAAUACGAUGCAGAGGAACGCAUGGUACAUGUUCUCAUGUUUACUGGCUGGCCUGUGGUGUCUUCACGUCCUAAAGUAUAUCAACUAUUAGGUUUAGUUCGCGCAGUUUGGGCUCUGGAACAGAGCAGUGUGACAAAUAAAAGUUUCCCGACAUUAGUGCAUGGUGUUAGUGGUACUCGUCGGACUGGGACAUAUGUAUUGUUGUCUAUGCUGUGCAAA